CUGCAACAUCUCCGCCGCCACUGGACGACGUUCCGUGUGCACUCGCCUCCAUCGCUUCCGUUUUCGUCCAAACCCACCAAAGUUGAGCGUGCGGACCACUAGCUCUGUCCCCCGACUUAAUUGUCGCGGACGAUGAGGAUUCUACACAAGUCGAAGAGGGCCCUGACACCCCUACCGCAGGUCGCGGAGCUCAUCAGCAAGCUCCUUGACACACCCGAAGACGACCUACAUGAAGUCCUCAGCCAGAUCGACGCAUGGCGUUGGCCGCGCUCCGAUCUCAAUGCGUGGAUCAAGGUCCUCAACAAAUUCGAUGCUAUUCUCGAGGAUGCCAUCCGAGACUACGACAUCGACAAACUCCAGGCAAACGUGUUCACGCCGCUGACAAAAAAGACUGUGUGCGAGAUACUCCGGUUCGAGCGACUGCUGCUCGAGAACUCGACAAACCGGAAGACAUUCAAUUCAUACGACCGACUCAAUAGCCUCAUGUUUACGUCCGAUCUGGACGUCCUCAUCUUGGCUCUCAAUCUGCUCUUACGCCCCGCGCAGCAGUACACCGCACAGCCUGCUGUGCUACAUGCACUCAGCAUCUCGACCCCUCGUCUCACCUCCCUCGCGAAAAGAUGGCCUAAUCUCCGCGAGUACGACAUCAACCUUGUUGACCUCGUCACUGAGAAGGGUCGGCCUCAGCUCGAGGCGCUCCCGAAUGAGGCGCGGGAGGUAAACUUCACUUUCUAUAGGCAAGAUGCCCCGUCGACGUCAAGCGCGGCUGGAAAAGACAAGGAGAAGAGCUCCGAUGCGCAGCUCGCUGAGUCAGUCUUGCAGACACCGACGCGCAAGUCUGCAGGCGCCGCAACCGGCCCUGCAGCGCCCGCGUCCGGAGCCGUCAAUAUCCACAUUGACUCGAAGACAAUCGACUCCAAGGAGCCAAUGGAUCUCCUUGCGGAUAUCAUAGAGACGUACUCGGUGCCUGACACUGAGAAGUUUGAACUGCUCGCCCGUAUUCGCGCGGCACGGGCGGUCAACGUCUCAAAUGUCGCUGAACGCGAGAAACUCGCCACGGUCCGCCUUCUGGCUACGGCCAUCUUCGGGCACACCCACUCUGAGUCCCAGGCUCAGUCAAGUCUCCUCCUCUUCGAGCCUGAUCUGGUCGCCCACGUCGCUGAACUCCUCCAGCUCGACCGCGGCGUGGACGUGCAAGUCCAGACUGCGGCGAUCGCCGCGCUCGACGCCUUAGGUCGGUACAGGAGUAAGAUCCAGGACGUACUCUCCGCCGUCAAUGCUGGCGUCAACCAUGGUAUUCUGAUGGCGCUCUUGCGAAAGACUGUGGCAGAUGUUGCGCAGCCGACUUCGACGCUGCCCCAAUCUUUCGUGGAAGCACUAUUCUCCUUCGUGACGUUCAUCGCGACGCACGCAUCGGGCGGCAACAUGGUGGUCGGGGCGGGUUUGAUCCCCCUCCUCGUCCAAGUCAUCGAGAACAAACUGCCGAACAGACUAUACGUUGUCUCUAAGGCCAUGCAGCUGGUAGACAACGUCUUAUAUGGCUUCAACAACGCCUUCCAGUUGUUCUGCAACAGUCGUGGUGUUGAUGUCCUUGUGGAUAGGAUACAGUACGAGGCAGAACUUGAUCUCGCCCAGUAUACUACACCGGAGCCGUCGCGGGAAGUCGUCAUCUCUUAUGGAAAGCUCUCCGUUGCACGCGCGGCAAUACUCAAGCACACCCUGCGCUCCAUGCAUCGCAUGAUGCAGUCGUCGGGGACGUCAGAGGGCCUCCGUGGCCUUCUUGACUCCUCUCUGAUGAAGUCGGUGAAGAAGAUCAUGGAGAACAGGAGUGUCUUUGGGCCAACUGUGCUCCCGCUUGCCAUCAACAUCAUGUCGACCUUCGUCCACAAUGAGCCGACGUGCUUGCCCGUUAUCCAGGAAGCUGGUUUGCCAGAGGCAUUCUACAGCGUCGUAGAGUCCGGCCUCGAACCCGUCAUUGAGGUUAUCCAAGCGGUCCCAAAUGCCAUCGGCGCACUUUGUCUCAAUCAAACUGGCCAAGCUCAGCUCGCAGAACGUCCCAACAUCAUCCCGGGCCUGUUCAGCAUUUUCACAUCCGAACGUCACCAAAGGGUCCUGCAGGACAAGGAGAAUGCAGUCCUAAUUGGUACUGCCGUCGAGGAGCUCAUUCGGCAUCAUCCCUCGCUCAAGCCGUCUGUCUUCACGUCGAUCAAAGCUACGAUGGAGAAAAUCUAUCAGUUGGGUAAGAACUACACCCCAGCCGACGACAUCAAGCAGUGGUACAUACUGUCGUCCGUGGUCCCUCCAACUCCGGCAACGGAGAGUGCUGCCGCGGCACCCAUGGAAGUAGAUGCCGACACGCAGUCAAACGUGGCUAGCACGUCUCAGACGACUCCUUCGAACCCUCCUGCUACUGGACCCGAGCCUACGCCGGCUAGUCAGGAAGAUGCUGCCCCGAAGUCUCACGAUAACAUGAUUGUGUCGUUCAUGGACGUCCUAUGCAAGUUUUUGGAAGGGUUCUUCCAGCAUCCUCCCCACUGUCGCGAGUUUGUUGCAGAUCAAGAAGCUCUGGAUCGCUUCGGGAAACUGACGGCUCUCCCCUGUUUGCCUUAUGACUUCGCCAACGGGUUGACGUCCGACUCAUUCGUGCAAGUGAUCCGGACUAUGGCAGAGGGCGCUACUAGCGAGACCGUCGCUUUCCUCGUCAAUAUCGUACGCGAGGCCCUCGACGACACGAAGGAUUUCUGGGAGAAUCCGCGAGAAGAAUCCCAAUUCUUGCCGCUAGUCGACGUGUCUGUGACUGGCGAGGACCUCGCUCGAACUAAUGAACGUCUACGUCGUUUCAUCACCCUGCACAUUCGGACGUCCCUGCUGUCGGACAUCUAUGCGACUGCGGGUUACGCACACGGUCGUGCAGCUGUAGCACUUCUUCAGUCUCUGACGGGCCCUUCCGCGAAGAACAUCCUCCCGGAUCUCGGAGCUUUGCACAGGGCAUGUAUCUGGGAGAACAUUGUCCUCAAGUCUGCUCUUGCUUCUCAGGGCGUUGAUGCACCACCAUCCUCCGAUUUGUCAUCUCUAUCUUCGCUGCUCAACACUUCUCCUCAGACGCCCUCCGCUGGGACGCCUGCACUUCGUUCGGACGAAGCGCGCCCCACAGCGGGCAACCAGACUCCUGGUACGACUAAUGGUGUGCAAGGCGAGUCAUCGUCAAUGUCUACGCCGAAGCCGGAUUCGCAGAAGGACCACGAUCCCAAGAAGCAGAACGCCCAAACUCUCAAAUAUCUGGCCAGUCAGAUCCCUAGCUCGCUUGCGCCGUUCUUCCAAGCUAUUGUGCGGCUAUUCCAAACGCGGCGUACUGCCGAUGCAGCGCACAAGCAGAAGAUCCGCGAGACUGCAACCGUCGUAGCGGAAGUGAUGACGCGUCAUCUCGACGAGAGGCCCUCCUCGGACAAGCUCUCCUUGUCAGCCUUUUAUACUGUGAUGCUGGGACUGGCGACUAUUCUCCUGGUCGACGAGCAAACGGACACGAAGUCCCUCUACACGGCGCUCUUGGUCGCAUUUCACCGUGCUGGAGGAGUUGACGCCAUCCUGAAGCUCAGUGGCUACUUCGUCAGUGACAUUGAGGCGUUGACCCAGGUCAACUUGGAAGAGCGCUCAGAACAAGCUAAGCAAGAGCUGGUGCAUGCUUUUGGUGGGCUGAAGGUUGCCCUGCAUCUACUGCAUCCCAUUGUCUCUGCGAAGCCGCUGCUGGAGGCAUCUCAAACUGCGAUGUUGCUCUCGCCUGAGAGGAAGGAAACGGACCCCGACUACUUCGAGCCGCACAACUUCUUGGUUCAGAUGAGAGUAGCAGUCAUGCCGCUUCUUAUCGGGCUUUGGAAUGCGCAGUGGCUGGUAUCCUCUCCGCUGGGUGUCACUAAAUCCGCGGUGCAGAUCGUCAUGGAGAUGUUGAAUUCUGACGGAGAGGUCGCAAAGGAUGGUCCCCAACCAGCCGCUGCCUCCGUCGCGACGGGUGGUCUUCUGUUUACGCAGGGAGCGGAUGCGAAUCGAGUCCGUCAGCUAGUGGAUAUGGGCUUCCCUCGUUCUGCAGCAGAGCGAGCGCUCACUAGGACGAGGAACAACGUCACUGCUGCUACUGAGUUGUUGUUGGCGCAUCCCUUCCCAUUCCCUCCGGAUCCAGAGCCUGCGCAGCCUCCUGCAGCGCAAGUCGAAGGCGAUGCGAUGAACGUGGACGCCGGCAACGGAGAGCCACCUCAACCUACGGGCGAGACGUCCGAAGCAGCUGCGGAGGGUGAGCCCGACAACACAGGGCCGUCGUCACCACCUUGUAAAUCGCCAGAAGAGUGGCUGCAAGAGCUAAACGAGAGUCGCGGGCCGCUCAAGAGCGUCAUGGGAAAGAGAGUACUCCAGCUGGUCGAUGAGCACCCUAGCCUCGUCUUCUCUGUGCAAAAGGUGUUUGUCGGUCCAAGCAAUGGUUAUCGGGAACAAGCCGUGCGCCUCCUCAUCGACGACGUCAAAUCGUUCUCCACUACUGCAUAUGACGUACACGAGCAGCCCAUGGCCGUGCGAUGCCGCCUGCUUGCCCUCGUAUUGCACGAUCCAUCGUCGACGUUGGCGCAAAUCCCGGAAGACAGAGCGAAGAGCCUCGUGGAAACAUUGCUCGCACUAUUAUUAUCGAACCCGGUCAACGCGGACGGUGGACAUCCCACACUUCCCAAAUGGCUAGCGGCGCACCUACUUGUGACGGAAGCUAUCCUACUCGUCGGUGACGAGCCACGGAAUAUAACGUUGCCGAAGGAGAACGAACCCAUCCCAGACGAGUCGCUCUCAGCAGGUUCGACAUAUCCCGAAGCUAGGACUAUCCUGUUUGACUUCUGCAUGCGUUUGCUUGCCGUUCCUGCUCUGCCGAAGGACGAGUUGAUCUCGGCACUCAGGUUGUUCGUCCUCCUUACCCGGGAGCGCAGAUUUGCGGAUGACUUCGUCCGGCGCGAGGGACUGAACCUUCUCUUCCAAUACCUGAAGAUAUCUGCUGGAACGUCCAGUGCUGCUGGCAUGCAGUCUCACAUCGCGAUGAUCCUACGACACGUCGUGGAAGAUGCUCCAACUCUCCAGCAUAUCAUGCGUCAAGAGAUCAAACGAUUCUUCGCUCAUCCUCGAAAUCGUGUCGUGGACGUGAACAGCUACGUGGUGGGCUGCAACGCCCUCGCCCUCCAUGACUCAUCUGUGUUCGUCCAAAUGACGAAGGAGCUCUGUCAGCUGUCACAGCCCUACGGGGCAGUGAAGAGCAUCAGCUUGAAAGGGGAAACCAAAUCCGCGGGCGAGAGCAGUAGUGCCAACAGUGCCUCGGACAUGCAGGUUGAUGAGCCUUCGUCUACGCAGCAACGCAGCCCCCAUACAUCCGUGGAGGCCCUCGUGCAUUUCUUGAUUGCUGAGCUGGUGAAGUCCGUCAAAACUGAACAGCCUCCCGACCAGCCUACAACGGAAACCGUCCAACCUCGCGUAUCGGAGGCUCCAGAGCAACCCUCUGAGCACCCUACCGAACAUCCUUCAUCGUCGACUGGUCCAUCGUCCACCUCCCCUGCAGCCUCAAAUGACCGUGAUGAUCACGUUUACUCUUGCUUCUUGAUGCAAUGCCUCACCGAACUCCUGUUCUCAUACGAGUCGUGCAAGGUGGCUUUCCUGUCGUACUCCCCAAAGAAACGGCAACAGGCUGGCGUGAAAGAAACACCAAUCAAGUAUCGAACAGCUGCCAUACAAUUCCUCUUGUCCGAUAUGAUGUCCUUUGGCACCAUUCACCCCCAGCCUCCCGUGGAAGCCCGGAAGCGCAUUCUGCUCUGCAAUUGGGCAAUGUCCGUCAUUGUGGCCCUCUGCGUGGACACGUCGUUUACGCAAGACAUCAAGGAUGUGCCUGCGGAGCUUGCGUCCGUCCGCAAGUUCGUCCUAGAAGCCGUCAGUCGGGCGUUGAAGGACCUUCCUGCCUCAGAGAACGCAGAAACUCGAUACAGCCGCUUACUGGCUCUGGCCGAUCUGUGCUACCGGCUGCUCACGGUCAAGUUCAACACCAAUUCUCGUAAGGCUCAUGAUGAAGUGCCUACGCAUAUUGCCAAGAUCAUGUUGGAGAAGAAUUUCGUCGCGACGCUGACCAGUGCCUUGGCCGAAGUGGACCUCAACUAUCCAAACAUCCGUGGGGUCGUCACCGGAAUACUGCGUCCACUGGAGUUCCUCUCCAAGAUUGCCAUCAAGAUGAGCCGAGUGUCAGAGAAACCAAAGGAAUCGGUAGGUGAGGCUGACGACAUGGAGUCUAUCAUCUCGGAAGAAGACGAAGACACCGGGGAACAAGGAGAUGAAGCGCCUGAUCUAUACCGCAACUCAUCCCUGGGACUCUUUGGUGGCGAGAUGGAGGAUGUCAGCUACCAAGACGAAGACAUGGAUGAGGAUGCUGCGGAGGACGAGGACGACGUUGAAAUGGACUUCGGUGACGAGACUGGCAGCGAGGACACUUCCGAUACAGAUGACGAUGUUGGGGAUGAUCUCGAGGAAGACCUAGAGAACGAAACAGGAGAAUCGGAGGGUGACUGGCAGGAUGAAGAUGAGGAAGAGGAAGAGGAAGGGCUCAUCGAGAACGAGGAGGACGACGCUGAAGAAGGCGGUGAUGACGAUGACGAUGAAGACGAGGGUGAAGUCAUGUGGCAGGACAUCGCAGUGGGCGAAGCUGUCGCUGACGGUGCUGCCGACGAACAGGACGACGAUGAGGAAGGUGGAGAUGCCGUGCCCAUCAUGCAUAUGGACAUGGAUGAGGAAGCUGAUGUGGGGUCUGAAGAAGACGAUUUCGCCGACGAUUUGGAUGAUAUCGGCCAGGGACCAGUCGGUGAAGAUAUCUUGGAACUUGCCACUGGUUUUGCCAACGCUCUUGGUGGAGGAGUCGGCGGCAAUAUGGGGCAAGCUAUUCAGCCCAUGUUGUGGACCGGUACUGCUAUGCGCUCGGCUAACACUCGUCGUCGUCACACCGACGAUGAUCUCGAAAUCUUCGGUCAAUCUCGCAACCCUGCAGUACCCGCUCCGGAGGCUGCUGUCCAUCCUCUGCUUCUCGAUCCAGCUUCUGCAUUAUCGCGUGCUUCCAACGGGCAGUCCAGGCACCUUCGUCGACUCCCGAGGGCUGGCGGACCUGGAGGUCAUCCACAUGAUAUCAUGCAGACCAUCGAGGAGGCUAUCGGGGAAGGCGCAGUCCAACUGUUCCAGCACAUCUUCUCACAUGGCCGUGGAGGCGGCGGGGAUACAAUCCGCAUUGACGUGCCAUCAGGUGCAUUGGGCCCAUUGCAGCAGAGACAUGGCCGUGGGACCAUUUCGGCUUCAAUUCGUUUCGAGAGAGCACCACGUUCCGGAGAGGGCCGCUCGGAGGGUCGUAACCUCGACCCUCUGUUGACCGUUCAACGAUGGUUGGAGGAAGUCAAGAUGCUGCAUGGCAAAUUCGAGCAGAGUCGACUCACCAAACUUGCGAACCACAUCGUACUUGCCCUCCUUCCUGCAGCUGUUGAAGCCAUGAGGAACGCCAAACUGGCCGAGGAACGAGAAGCGGCCCGCAUCCGUGAAGAGCAGGCGAAGGCCGAGGCCGAGGCCGAGGCGAAGGCAAAAGAGGAGGCUGAAAAAGCCAAAGCCGAGGAGGAUGAGAAGGCGCGUGCGGAGGCGGAGGCAGCCGCCCAACCGGCUGAGGGCGAAGGACGGCAGGACGAGACACCAGCAGCCCCUGUGGAUGUGGAUGCGGACGCUGAGAUGGCCGACGCCUCAGAUGCGCCAGCGCCUAGUGCGUCUGAUAAUACUGGCUCUGCGGUGGAUUCAUCUGGUCCCAGUGCCGAAGACGAGGGUCAGGCUGCGGCGACAGAAGACGGGGGUUCAACGAGCACCGCUCAGCGCGUAAUCGUCUCGAUCCACGGAAACCCUGUGGACAUUACUGAUACGGGCAUCGAUCCUACGUUCUUGGAGGCUCUGCCAGACGACAUGCGAGAAGAGGUGCUCAACCAGCACGUCCGCGACCAGCGCGCUGCUAGGGUCGAGCGCCCGGCGGAUUCGCAGAUUAGCGCAGAGUUCCUGGAUGCUUUGCCACCCGAGCUACGUGCCGAGAUCUUGCAGCAAGAGAACAUUGAACGCGCGCGACAGCGAGUGGAGAGCGCUGGUCAACGAGGCAGCGUCGCCGACGUCGAUCCUGCUACCUUCAUUGCCAGCCUAGAUCCUCAAUUGCGCCAGGCCGUCUUGAUGGACUCCGAUGAUGUGCUGAUCCAAAGCUUGCCGGCUCAAAUGCUGGCCGAGGCCGGCAUCAAUCGCACGCACCUAGAGAACCUCCGCUCCGCACAACCUCCUGCAAGCAACCGACAACAGGUAGCAUCCUCUACCCCUCACCAGGCCCAGAAGCCCCCAGCGCCGCGAGACGCCAUCCAACUCCUAGAGAAGCCUGCUAUCGCCGUACUGAUCCGUCUUCUCUUCUUCCCUCACACACUGAAGAAGAACUUGCUAUACAAAGUCCUCGUCAACCUUUGCGAGAACUCGAAGACGCGGACAGAUCUGUUCAAUCUGCUCCUCAACAUCCUCCAGGAUGGCUCCGGUGAUCUGGCCGCAAUUGACCGGAGUUUCGCUCAGAUGUCUUUCCGCAGUUCGAAGCAACCAACUCAGCAAACACCCAAGGCGAUCGGGAAGCAACGUGUGCCCUCUGACUAUUUCGGAGCCCUCGCGUCACCGCAAUGGCAAAACGAGAUAGUCCCUGAACUUAUCGUCCAGCGAUGCUUGGAGGCGUUAACGUACAUCGUCAGCUUCAAUGAGCUGUCGUCUCUCUUCUUCCUGACGGAGCACGAGCUGCCUGUUGGUUUGCGACGCCAUGCCUCGAAGAAGGGCAAGGGUAAGGAGAAGCAGGCGCCGCAGACCCACUAUCCUGUGGUACUAUUGCUGAGCUUGCUCGAUCGACCUUCUGUUCUCAAGACGCCUUCCAUCGUUGAGUCUGUUGUCACCCUUCUCGCGACCGUGACCCGCCCUCUUGCCAGUCUCAAGGACCAAGGCAAGGAGAAGACCGAGCAAACGGAUGCAACCACGACUGUCUCUGCCACUGCUCCCACGUUGGAGACUCCUGCUGCGACGUCUCAGCCGGAACAAUCUCAAGCUGCAGAUGUAGUACCUGCUAGCGCAGAAGCGCCGCAAGGUCAAGGUAGCAAGCCAGACGUUGCUCAAGCGAAGGAAGAGAAGACGUUACUUGCCCACCCUCCUGUCGUCCCACAUACAGUGAUGCGUUCUAUCGUCAACAUCCUUACCGCUGGCGAAUGCUCGGGACGAACCUUCUCGCAGAGCCUGGCCCUUAUCCAGCACUUGUCCUACGUGCCCGACGCACGGGAGGUCAUCGCAAACGAACUCCGAUCUCGAGCACAAGACUUCGGGCACAGUCUGUACACGGCUCUGGACGAGCUUGCCGUUGCUCUACAAGAGUCCAAGGGGGAUGUCCUUGCCAGCGCAAUAGCAUCAAAGUUCUCGCCUGCGUCUUCGGACCAAGCGAAGCUUCUGCGCGUGUUAAAGACGAUCGACUACAUGUACUCGCCGAAGUCGCCAGCAGCACCCGGGACCGAUGUCAGCGAUGCGGAUGUCGAGAAAGUGCAGGGAAUCUACGAGUCGUUCAGAUUCACUCCUCUUUGGCGACGCCUGGGCGAUUGUCUUGCGAUCACUGAGGAGAAGCCAGAGAUGGAGCAUAUCGCCACGGUGUUACUACCGCUCAUCGAAUCGCUGAUGGUCGUCUGCAAGUACGUCGGAGCUAAGACAUCGUCCGGAGCGGCAGCGCGUAUGCUGCGUGCGUCGACCUCCCCUCGAUCGCCCACAACUACCCGCGAAUCCAUGGAGGAGUUGUUCGUUACCUUCACAGAUGCUCAUCGCAAAGUGCUCAACCUCAUGGUGCGCAACAACCCGUCGCUGAUGAGUGGUUCCUUCUCCCUCCUGGUGCACAACCCUCGUGUCCUGGACUUCGACAACAAGAGGAACUACUUCAACCAACAACUCCAUCGCCGGCCGCACAGUCGCGAGCACCACGGCACUCUGCAGCUGAACGUCCGUCGCCAGAGAGUUUUCGAGGACAGCUUCCAGUAUUUGCAGCGGAAGACCGGAGAGCAGAUCAAGUACGGCAAGCUCAGUGUACGCUUCUACGACGAGGAGGGCGUCGACGCAGGUGGUGUCACGCGCGAAUGGUUCCAGAUUCUCGCUCGCCAAAUGUUCGAUCCCAACUACGCGCUGUUCCAGCCUUGCGCCGCGGACAGGUUGACGUACCAGCCGAACAAGAACUCAUGGGUCAACCCGGAGCAUCUCUCGUUCUUCAAGUUCGUCGGGCGCAUUAUUGGGAAAGCAAUCUACGACGGCCGUCUGCUCGAUGCAUACUUCGCGAGGAGUCUAUACAGGCAGCUCCUGGCCAAGCCAGUGGACUACAAGGAUGUGGAGUGGGUCGACCCCGAGUAUUACAACUCGCUCUGCUGGAUCCUCGACAAUGACCCGAGUGCGCUGGAGCUGACCUUCAGUGUCGAGGCCGACGAGUUUGGAGUCAUGAAGAUCGUCGACCUCAAGGAGAACGGUCGGUCGAUACCCGUCACGCAGGAGAAUAAGCGAGAGUUUGUUCAGUUGUCCGCUCAAUACCGCUUGUACUCGUCUAUCAAGGACCAGAUCGAGGCGUUGGUUGCAGGGUUCUACGAGAUCAUCCCCAAGGACCUGGUUUCGAUCUUCAACGAGCAGGAGCUUGAGCUUCUCAUCUCCGGCACUCCUGACAUCGACGUUGACGAAUGGCGCGCUGCGACUGAGUACAACGGGUACACGAGUUCCGAUCCUGUCAUCGUCUGGUGGUGGCGUGCGUUGAAGUCGUUCAACCGAGAAGAACGAGCCAAGGUCCUGAGCUUCGCUACCGGCACGUCUCGAGUCCCCCUCGGCGGCUUUACGGAGUUGCAAGGAGUGCAGGGCGUGCAGCGGUUCUCUAUCCACCGAGCGUACGGUGACGCAGACCGCCUGCCGCAGGCGCAUACAUGCUUCAACCAGAUUGAUCUUCCACAGUAUUCCUCGUACGAGAUGCUUCGGCAACAGCUCUUGCUGGCAAUCAACGAAGGAGGCGAGGGCUUUGGAUUCGCAUAAUAUACGUUCACGCGCGCUAGUAGUACCACGAAGGACAUCGCAUCGUAGAAGCAGGCCAUCAUCAUGUAUUAUAUCACCAAUCACGUACUUACACGACAAGUUCAACCGCUGUGAAUAGCAUUCACGUCUUGGAUUACCUA